AUGUCGUCCAAAGACUUCAUCAUCAAGCACAUGAACGCCGACCACCAAAACUCUCUCGGACUAUUCCUACAAGCUUACUGCGGUAUCACAUCCACCCAAGCCAAGAACGCCCAAUUAGAAGAACUCAGCACCUCAAAUUUGAUCAUCACCGCUCACGGUACCCGCUACAUCGUCCCUAUUGAACCCCCAAUGAAGAACUACUCCGAGGCACGCAGCCGAAUGGUCGCCAUGCAUAAGGAGAGUCUAAAGCGUCUGGGUCGCAGCGAAAUCACACUUACAGAGUACCGUGCCCCGCGCGGCAUCCAGGCCGUGAUCUUUGUGCUGUGUUUGUUGUUCUACGUCACCUGCUUCCAGCGCAGCAACCUGCAACCCGGUGCCGAUCUUUACGAGUACUUGGGACUCCAGCGUGUGCCCUGGUUCCCGCGUCUCGUCUGCAUUACCCAGCCGUUCGUCGUGGCUAUUCAUAUUAUUGAGACCAUCGCGCUGGUUGUGACUCAAUUGAAGCCGUUGAAUGUACCUGUUAUGUCGGGUUUGUGGUGGAAGUGGGUUGCGUCGUGUUCCGUUGAGGGAUACGGUUCAUUCUCGCGCAUUAAGCAGUUCGUGAAGGAGCAGGAGGCGAAGAACGGCAAGAGCCAGUAG